AGGUCUUUGCAACCAUGUGCAUCCCGAAAGCGAACCCAUUCAUUAUAUCCCCGUAAUUAUGCACCCUCAUUCAAUGUCUGACAAGAUCAUGAGGCGGACGGAGGACAAGAACCACCAUUUUUCCAUCUUUACGUCAUGUUUUAUGUGCAUUUAUCUCCAGCCGCCAUUCAUAUGAAUGAAAAACGAGUAUUGAAUACCAACCAAAUAUAUGUUUUCCCGAUACGAUAACACUCUUCCUUGUUUGCUCGAUCAAUAACUUCUUUUUUGUGGCUUUUGCGUAAUAAAGCGGAUAUGCUGUUGUGCCUUGAUGUUUCGCCGCCCGAGGUGAUCUAGGCAAGGUAGAAAAGAUGUUGUGAUCAUGCUGCUAGAAAUUUCUACGAACAACACCAUCUGUACUCAACUUGUCAGGCAGACAGGCAGGCUUCUUUUUAUCGAAUAAAGCAAGGAUAGAAAUUUGAUGUUAGCAACUUGGUGUCUCAGAUGUCGCAUCCGCACUCAAAAAAAUAUCACUAGAUGGCAGUAGAAGACAAGAUUAGCUUUAUAUAUAUUACAAUUAGGUAUAGGUAUAGCUAUAGGUGGUAAGUUUCGAACUGCAGCUCGUUCAAGGUCAGAACGAUGACAUCAUAAACAUCAACAUCAACAACUUUUCUGAGAUGAGAUACAUAAGAUGAAACAUACACAACCAAUGUAGUCGUGAACUUAAUUGGCGUUCAUCAAUCAAGAGUUAGAUAAUGUUCAUGUUUCCUGCAUAGUGAUGAUCAUUCGGAAUUUUUAUUUCUGCUCUUCGUAUCUCUAAGCAGCAUAGUUUUUUUCUAGGCGAAAUUUUAUUUAUCCAUACGUUUUCUCAAUCAAAACAAGUAUGCCGAACGGUUGUGCGGCAUUUAGAUCUACGUGUCUUUGUUCGUAUGAGCGCAGUUGUCGAUGUUGAUUGAAGCUGGCUGGAUGCAUGCUCGUAGUGACGAGUACGUGUCCACGACGUGGUGACCAUCGCACCACUGCUCAAAACGAAGAUGGAGCAGGUGCAUCAGGGUCAACAACUACAUCAAGAGGAGCAACACCAGCAGGUGCGCAGUCUUCGUCACUCGCCGCCCGCCCUAGUGGUUUCCUGCUUGGACGUGCCGGAGCGUGAUGUCGUUUUGGACCUCUGGAGAAAGGCGCGUUCGUUCCAAGAUUCUGAUGUGCACAAUUUCAAUCGGCGUUUCGCUUCUCCGGCGUUGCCUCUGCUGGAGGAGGUGUUCCAAGGUCGCUUCGGUGACGAGUUCGUUGUCAGCGAUCUCUUCGACUCGCCGAUAGAGUACGUGUUUGAUUCCAUCCUCGAGUACGGAAACCGGACACGGCCACCGCACAUACAGCAGCAACUGAAACGCGCACUGACGACUCUGCUCUCUUACUGCACUGAACGAGAUUUUCCUGCACUCGAGGACGACUUUCCGGCGUUCGCAUCGUCAACCGAAAACCAAGAUUAUGAAUAUAGGAAGAAGAUUGAAUUUGAAGUACAUCUAGAUGUAGACGAUAGCUCCCGUUUUAGAACUACUCACCAAGGAAGCUACUUAAUUCGUUUUGACAACUUUUUACAAGUAACUUAUCGCUGCUAUUUUUGAUGUUCAUCUUGUAUUUGAAGUUGUUCUUGUUGUGCUUCUCUGCGCCCACCCCAGCUGGUGCGCUGGCCCUUUGGCCGAAGACUUUGAAAUUGAAAAAAUGCUGUGGGUUGGAAUAUAUAGAAAUAUUACAACCUGACUUGAAACUGCUGCUUCUAAGAUAAGCAGGCGCUUGAAGUGGUCGACGAAGAGCAGAUCCUGACAGCGUCGAACUUACCCUAUCACGUGCAGCAACAAGUGAGCUACGCGGCUUCACACUCUGAUGACCCCACUAAUUUUUGUACCUACACGCAUCCGCAUCGGCACCACCAGCAUAAUGCGUCCGGAAAGCACCAGGAUCAGCAGCACAUCAACAGCAGUAAAGGAGGGGGAAGACGAUACAACCAGAAUCAAAAUCAAGUUCAUAACCAAAUAGAUUAUCAACUGCCAGUUGCAGUGGAUGGAGCAGGAGGUAAUCCAGGAAGAAGCUUCAGCCUGGAAACCUACCACGAGCAUCACAACAAGGACCACGGCAAUGGUACGUCCAUCACCAGUAGGCGAGCGACUUCCGGCCAUCGGAAAGGUUCUCUCACUCCUAGCCAAGGAGAGCUAGUGCUAUAUCACGAUUACACCCCAGCUUCCGCCACAAAUCGGUCCGCGCAUACUCCACACACGCUGACUCCGGUUGGGUCGGUUGGAGGAUCCGGACCUGAGAAUCCGCACAGCAACAAAGUUCUUCUUGCGUAUGGAGGGUACAGAGGCAAGGAAGGUUCUACUGCGACAGGUGUUGUAUCUUUCACGGGCAACGGCAGAGGGGUUGAUGAUCACUACACAAACAACAAGUAUAAUCUGCUAUCAUUUCCAAAUAAUACGAAUGCGACUCUCGGGUUCCCUGCUCUGCCACCCGGUGGGCUAUCGAAGGGUGACCGUGAGCAUAGCGGAGGAUCAUCGCGGUCGAGUAAAAGUAAUGGAACACGAGCGACGCUAUUGAGCAGAUCGGAAGACUUUCAAGGUGAUUUCGAGAACGAACAGUAUUUUUUCCAAGACACUUCCCACGGCAUAGCCAAAGGAGCAGCACCCGCAGUGCCUCCAAUGAUAAACACAGGAGUAGGUGGUCUAUGUCCACAACGUCCUUCUACUUCUCGUAAAACUGAAAACGAUAACGAUAGCACCAGCAUCAAUUCGAUCAGAGAUCAAAAUUCCCACCAGCACCAACAACCUUCACCAGGAAACCACUCGCCGACCCCUAGGCGACAGAUAUCCGCUGCGUCGGCGGGGAGCUCGACCUACAGCGAUCACGAAACCGGGGUAUUCGAUGUGGUCUUGCUAUUGCGCAAAAACUGGUUUCUUUCGACAUCAGCAGUAGCGUCGAUGCGUGAUAGACAAAGUGCACAGCAUUCACGGAGUGGCGUUGCCCCUCAGCAGCAAUGCUCUUGCUCAUCAGAAAUGGAAGAAGGAAACAUUACCAAAUCAUGUCAGUCUUCACCUGAUUGUAGCAAGAGCACUUCAGAGCAGAUUUCAUGCCACAAACAUCCGAAAACUGACAUCAAAGGAGAUAAUACGCCUAUCCCUAACCGCAACAAUCUUCAUAAUUAUAUCCUCCCCGGAUAUGAGUAUGAGAUGAAUCAUAAUGGCGUUGGCGAGAUCAAAAGUUUGACACGUGACGAAUUCGAAGCAGUACACCACGCAGUCCAAGAUGAGUCACCUCAGUUUCCCUCACGUCCCAGCAGACCUCCAGUUUUUUUUCUGACGCCACCUGACAGAGACAGAGGCAGCAAGCCCCCGGUCUCUUCUCAUGAGCCUCCGGGCAGUACCUCCGGCAGUAGCGCGAUUAGACUUGGUGGUCUUGCACCUAAUGCCACGAGAACCGCGUCAUCACAGUGUUCAGCGACAGCACUGGAAGCGUUGAAGCAGCGACGCUGCAAAGCGCUCAGGGAGUUACCGGAGAUCGUAGUUGAGUCAUUAUUGGAGAACCACCGCACAAACGGCGGGUGCAGUCCGGGUUUCGCCGGCCGUUUCGUCAGAGACAUGCUAGAGAUUUUGGCACACUUGGCGGGAAUCGAUAUCUAUGAACAGAAGCAAACAACUACUGGAGGUUGA